AUGGGUGGCAAGCUGUUGCUGGGCGCGAGCCAGAGCCACGCUGCGGCGUCGCCUCCGCUGUCCAAGGUGGCCACGUCCGGCCUCCACGGCGAGGACUCCCCCUACUUCGCGGGGUGGAAAGCCUACGAUGAGAACCCCUACGACACCACUUCCAACCCGGGCGGCGUCAUACAGAUGGGCCUCGCCGAGAACCAGGUGUCCUUCGACCUCCUGGAAGGGUACCUCAGGGACCACCCCGAGGCGGCGGGCUGGGGCGGUGUCGCCAGCUUCAGGGACAACGCGCUGUUCCAGGACUACCACGGCCUCAAGGCCUUCAGGAAGGCGAUGGCGAGCUUCAUGGAGAAGAUUAGGGGCGGCAAGGCCAGGUUUGACCCCGACCGCAUCGUGCUCACCGCCGGCGCGACGGCGGCUAACGAGCUGCUCACGUUCAUCCUGACCAACCCCGGAGACGCGCUGCUGAUCCCUACUCCUUACUACCCUGGUUUCGACAGAGACCUGAGGUGGAGGACCGGGGUGAACAUCGUGCCGGUGCACUGCGACAGCGCCAACGGGUUCCAGGUCACGGUGGCCGUGCUCCAGGCGGCGUACGAGGAGGCCGAGGCCGCGGGGAUGCGCGUCCGCGCCGUCCUGCUCACCAACCCGUCCAACCCGCUCGGCACCACCGUGAAGCGGUCGGUCCUCGAGGACGUGCUCGACUUCGUGGUCCGCCACAACAUCCACCUCAUCUCCGACGAGAUCUACUCCGGCUCCGUCUUCGCGGCGCCGGACCUGGUCAGCGUGGCGGAACUCGUCGAGUCCCGCGUGCGCCGCGGCGACGACGCCGGCGUCGCGGAGCGCGUCCACAUCGUGUACAGCCUGUCCAAGGACCUGGGCCUCCCGGGUUUCCGCGUCGGCGUGGUGUACUCGUACAACGACGCCGUCGUCACCACGGCGCGCCGCAUGUCCAGCUUCACGCUCGUGUCGUCGCAGACGCAGAAGACGCUCGCCGCCAUGCUCUCGGACGCCGACUUCGCCGACGCCUACAUCCGCACCAACCGCGAGCGCCUCCGGGCGCGGCACGACCACAUCGUCGCCGGGCUGGCCCGCGCCGGCGUGCCGUGCCUGCGCGGCAAUGCCGGGCUGUUCGUGUGGAUGGACAUGAGGUGGCUGCUCGGCGGCGCGACCGUCGCCAGCGAGCUCAGGCUGUGGGACCGGAUGCUGCGGGAGGUGAAGCUCAACAUCUCGCCUGCCUCGUCGUGCCAUUGCUCGGAGCCCGGCUGGUUCAGGGUGUGCUUCGCUAACAUGAGCUUGGACACGCUGGAUGUUGCACUGGCAAGGAUGAGCCGCUUCAUGGACAGGUGGAGCAAGGAAACGGCAAUGUCGACGCUCCAGCAACAGCAUCUACUCUACCAUACCCUAUAA